GGGCAGCGCGCGCGCCGCGCCUGCCACAGUCGGUGCGCCGCCGGCUACCCAAACAGACGCGCGCGCCGCCGCUCGCUCCGCAGCUGAGUUCCGCGCGCCCGCGCUCUCGAUAUGAGCUCCGGCAAGAGGAAGCUCUCGUUCCUGGGCUUCGCCCCGCAGGAGGCGAGCACGGCGAGCGGGCCCGACGAGGUGCGGCUGGACGAGGAGAUGGAGCGCGUGGUGUGGGGCGACGCGGCGCCGCGCCUGCCCGCCGCCGCCGGCGAGCCGCGCCGCGACAGCGCCGCGCCGCCGCCCUACUCCAGCACGCGCGCACACGCCGCAGAUGGCGUAACAUCGAGCAGCUCUGAGCUAUCGCAGCCGCCAGUCAGCACUGGCUCCGAGCAGCAGACGUCGGGCGGCGCGUGGUCGGGCUCGGGCUCCGGCGGCAGUCCGCGCGACGCCGACGAGCGGCACGUGCAGUUCGACGGCGAGCGCGCCGAGCGGCCCGACCUCGCCGACCCCUUGGACGACGCCGACGAGGAGCGCCGCGCGCAACGGAACAUCAAGCACCUGCACCCGCACAAAGCGCGCAAGUACUCCCUGCAGGAGGGCGCGCGCGGCGGCGGCGAGCGGCGCGUGAGCAUCGAGCCGGCGGAGGAGCCGCUGCCCGAGGCGGACGCCGAGCAGCUGCACGCGCACCGCAGCGACGACCCGCGCGCGCUGCGCCGCCACAAGAUCCAGCCCAGGGGUUCAACAGUCCACGUAGGCCGCAAGGAUGGCGGCGACAAAGUACAAAAUAUAUUAUCCGACGCCGCCUACAAGAAGAUGUACGACCACAGCCCGCACUCGGUUUUCGUGCAACUCGACGAGCUGCUGGCUACGGAAGACGGUGAGGCUGAGUGGAAGGAGACGGCGCGUUGGAUCAAGUACGAGGAGGACGUGGAGGAGGGCUCGGCCCGUUGGGGCAAGCCGCAUGUGGCCUCCCUGUCGUUCCAUUCGCUGCUCAACCUGCGGCGCUGCCUCGAGACGGGCGUCGUGCUACUGGACCUGGACGAGAAGGACCUGCCCGGGGUCGCGUACAGGGUCGUGGAGAACAUGGUAGCGGAAGGCCUGAUUGAGGAAGACGACAAGCCCGUGGUGAUGCGGUCGCUGCUGCUACGGCACCGGCACGUGCACGACGAUCGCUUCCGGUUCUCCAUCAGCGGCAAAAAGCACUCCUCAUACACUAGCUUGCAGUCGCUGUGGCUGGACGAGGGCGCGCUGGCGGGGGCGCGCGCGCGCUGCUCCGUCUGCAGCGCCACGGCCGCCUGCCGCCGCCACAGCACACACCUCAUCAACUUGGCGGACCCGCGGCGCCGGCGCAGCUCGUAUGCUCUGCCGCUGGAGCGCGCCGAGGUGCGCAAGAAGUCGUCGGCGGGCGGGCUGGAGCUGCGCGAGGUGGAGUACCUGGCCGGCGUGGACGCGGCGGCCGGCUCGCAGGACGAGCUGCGGCGCCCGCACCACGACUCGAUCCUGAAGCGCAUCCCCGGCGAUGCCGAGGCCACGACCGUGCUCGUGGGCGCCGUGGGCUUCCUCGAGCAGCCCACCAUCGCGUUCGUGCGCCUCGCACAAGGCAUCCUCAUGCCUUCCAUUACAGAAGUACCCGUCCCGGUGCGGUUCAUGUUCAUUCUCUUGGGUCCUAGCGGCGCCGACCUUGACUACCACGAGGUGGGUCGCUCCAUCUCCACUCUCAUGUCUAACCCGGCGUUCCACUCCAUCGCAUACAAAGCGGAUGACCGGCGCGAGCUGUUGUCUGCCAUCAACGAGUUCUUGGACGACUCCAUCGUGCUGCCGCCCGGAGACUGGGAGCGCCAGGCUCUUCUACCCUUCGAAGAGUUACGCGCCAAGAGCGAGAUGAUCCGGCGUCGUAAGCGCGACGCGUUGGAGCGCAAGCGCGCGGCCGGCGAGGCGCCCACGCCCAUCGACGAGAAGAAGGCGCUGCUGGCGGCGGAGGCGGGCGGCCUGCCCAGCAAGGAGCCGGAUGACCCGCUGGUCCGGACUGGACGUUUAUUCGGAGGUGUGCUACGUGACAUGAAGCGACGCUACCCCUACUAUUUGUCGGACUUCCGUGACGCACUGAACGGGCAGUGUGUGGCGGCUACAAUCUUCAUGUACUUCGCGGCGCUCUCCUCCGCCAUCACGUUCGGCGGUCUGCUGGCCGAGAAGACGUAUGGCAGCAUCGGCAUCUCGGAAACUUUGGUGUUCACGUGCGCGGGCGGCGUGCUGUUCGCGCUGGUGGCGGGGCAGCCCAUGAUGAUCACGGGCGCCACGGGCCCGCUGCUGCUGCUGGACGAGUCGCUCGCCAACUUCUGCCACUCCAACGACUUCGACUUCCUGACGGCGCGCAUGUACUGCGGCCUCUGGAUGAUCGUCAUCGCCCUCGCCGUCGCCUCCGCGGAAGGCAGUGUGGCCGUCAAGAAGAUCACCAGGUUCACCGAGGACAUCUUCGCUUUCCUGAUUUCACUGAUCUUCAUUGGGGAACCGGUGACCAGCCUCAUCAACGUGUUCCGCGCCCAUCCGCUGGGUAUCGACUAUGCCGCAGCCGCCGCCAACGUGACAGUGGUCGCCAACUCCACGCUACCAGCAGUGGGUGCAGGUAACGCGACGCUGGCGCCGGCGGCGGGCGCGCGCAUGCCGCCGCAGCCCAACACCGCGCUGUGGUGCACCAUGCUGACGCUGUCCACCUUCAUCAUUGCCUACUACCUCCGCAUUUUCCGUAACGGGAAGUUCCUCGGCCGCAGCGCUCGGCGCGCUCUCGGCGACUUCGGCGUGCCCAUUGCGAUCGUGCUGAUGGUGGGCGUGUCGUGCGCCGUGCCCGUGUGGACGGAGACGCUGCGCGUGCCCGAGGGGCUCAGCCCCACGGCGCCGCGCUCCUGGUUCGUGCCGCUCAACAACGGGCUCAGCACCAUUCCAGCGUGGGCCGCUUUCGCGAUGGGUCUACCCGCUCUCAUGGUCUACAUCAUCGUCUUCAUGGAAACCCACAUAGCCGAGCUGAUCAUUGAUAAGCCGGAGCGGAAACUGAAGAAGGGCAGCGGGUUCCACAUGGACAUCGUGAUCAUGUCGGCGGUGAACGCCAUGUGCGGGCUGUUCGGCGCGCCGUGGCAGUGCGUGGCCACCGUGCGCUCCGUCAGCCACGUGUCCGCGCUCACCAUCAUGUCCACCACGCACGCGCCCGGUGACAAGCCGCAUAUCGUCGAAGUCAAAGAGCAGCGGCUGACGGGGCUGCUGGUGGCGCUGCUGGUGGGCAUCUCCGUGCUGGCGGCGCGCUGGCUGCGGCUCGUGCCCAUGGCUGUACUGUUUGGAGUCUUUCUGUACAUGGGCAUUUCAGCGCUGGGCGGAAUCCAGUUCUGGGACCGCUGCAUUCUAUUACUAAAGCCUGUCAAACAUCACCCGCAAGUUCCUUACGUCCGACGGGUUCCGACGCUGAAGAUGCACUUGUACACACUGAUCCAAGCCGCGGGGCUGGCAGUGCUGUACGCCGUCAAGUCGUCCCGGUUCUCGCUGGCCAUGCCCUUCUUCCUGGUGAUGAUGGUGCCGCUACGAAUGUCGCUCGCCUACGUGUUCACGCCGCUGCAGCUCAGAGCGUUGGAUGGCGCUCAGAAAGACAUCGACAAGGACGACGAACCUGACUUCUACGAGGAGGCGCCGCUGCCGGGCUAGACGCUGGGCGGCACUGACACUGCCUGGGACGUUGCAGCAGGCUUAACAUUAUUUCUUCCUACGUCUCUACAUGUAUUUCUUCACUCUCACGUGAUUAUCUUAUAAACGUUCAAAAGGAUUUAGUUCCGCGCUAAGUUGCCUGCGCUAGGACCACGAUGGAUAUAGUUUAGGCUAGGGUACUUGCACUUGCAACCAAAGAGGCGCGCAGGCGCAGCUUGUGUUGCAGCGCGCAAGUACCGGCCAGUGGCCAGUUGGUGCCGGACCACGAUCAUUUCAUGGGUUUUGGUCUGCCCUCGUACUAAUGUACAUUGUACAGUAUUAAUUUAUACUACUUAGUUACUAUCGAUACGUAACCUACUUAAUGAUAAGUCAUUGUGAUAUGUAUUGCUAUACAGUGAAUAAGAUGAAAUGGCAUAGCCGACCAGAUGUUUAUUAUUUGCAUAUUUGUUUGAUGCUGUAGUCGUCCGCGUGUCGCGUCGUGUAACGUGUAACGUGACGUCAUCGCUCCUCGUCUUAGAAAGGAGAUUAUUGUCCGUUUGCUCGAACCGUCGCAGGCUGCCACCUCCCGUACACUGGAGCUGUACUGUUGCAUUGUUCGAAUUUUCUGUGCAACGUGUGAAUAUUUUGAAAUAACUCCUUACUCCGUAUGUUCACUCCGACACUAGUUUAUAGUUCUGUAGACGAACGUGUUCAACCAAACAAUCGCUUCAGCUUUAUUUUAUUACCUAGUAGGUAUAACUUUGUACAUUGUGUAACUCCAAAAUGUACCUAUACGUACUUAUAAAAUAUAUGAUACCGUAAUAUGCCUUGCUUAUUAUGCAUAAUUAUUAUAGCUACGUGUGACGAGCUUUACGUGAAUUUGUAGGCGUAUAUAGUGUAAAUGGACAAUGACACGGCCAGUCUGCCGGGAAUGUCUUUACGGCAGCGACCUACCAGGCAGCAGGGUACCAGGUUACCACUGCUGCCAGGUAGCUGCAAGCCACGGGUUGUAGGUACUUAAACAUGCGACUUUUAUUUAUGAGGUAAGUAAGUAGUAGUUAGUAGAAAUGUUUAAUAAAACAAGUAGGUAGUUGUUCCUAGUAGAAGUAAGUAGGUUGUCAAUGUAAUAUUCUUGUGUCUCCGCAACUGUAAGCUACAUACAGGACAUGUUUGUAUUUACAAAGCCGCUGUGUUCGUCAGACAAAUUAUUAUGUUUAAUGUCAUUGCCAAUGCAGGAAGUUAGGAUUACUAGUUUUCAAUUGAAACGGCAGCAGGUCCUUGUCGUUGUGUCAAUAAAUGCAAGCUCAACUCUGUGCUAGGUACGCAUCAUAUUUUCUGUCUGCUCUUUAAUUUCCUUGAACAAAUUGUUGAAGGUACUCUCCGACUUCUCCGAGCAUGUCACACAUACACAUUCAAACGGACACACAGUGACCCGCCUCGAUUGUACAUGGACUGGUACUUACUUAGUACUUACGUAGUUUAUAAAGUUAUAUAAUAUAAAUAUAGGCCAUACUAUGUGAGAGGUCGACUCUGGCGGUGCUCAGUCUGUGUACGGCUGCAACUUGUUAUGACGUCCUGGAACGUCGAUUGUUAAUAUUGGUUCGUUGGUGCGCUACUCAUUGACUAUCAGAAUAGUAAUUAUAUUUACUACUUCGGAAGUUAGAGAGAUAUUUUUAUAUUAAAAUUGUAUGAUUCCAAACUCUUGAUUAUUUUAAUUAGACAUGACUUGGGAAUCGACCAUUACCAACCAGAGUUGGCCCCUGAGACCGUGGCGACCAUGCGGACCAUGCACCGACAAGUACAACGCUUGCAGGUUCCGUUAGUGUGAUUCUAUGUUCCCUGCAGCCUAAUGCAAUAUAAGCUUGGCUGCGCUGUUGGCGAUGUUAUAUCUACACAAUCAAAUCACAUACCAUUUUUACUUAGCUUCCUAUACACACACACGCCGAAAGUUGGUUCAUCAGCCAAAAAGAGCCAAAAUAUGAGAAUACACCAAAAUACAGAAUUGUUUAUAUGCAUUUGUAUAAUUGAGUACCUAUUAUUGCGCAAAAACAACGCAUAAUUAUUCAACAAUAGACAUUCAGUAGCUACGUAUUGUAUUAAUAAAAGUUUCGCCCGGUGUUCACUUGGUAACAUUGGGAAAGUACUUAUUCGUAGGGACUUUAUUGGUGAUUGAGUUAAUAUUAUUGUUAACUUUUUGAAGCAUGCAGGCACAAUACCCUGGUUCGCAGGUUUCUCGUUAGGUCCCUCAACAAGCAAACGGACCGACGAACAUUCCUCCAAUCGUGUAUCAUUACUUCACUACGUAUGUGUUAAUAAUAUCCAAAAACUUUUUACAAGCUCAAGUAAAUAUCACAACCGAUGUAGAAUUUAGUCUUUUAGAAAAAUAAAAGCCCAGUCACUAGUCGAUUGUAAUAAUUGAGGUAUUGUAUAAUACGAACUAUUGAUAAAAUACAAAAUAAUGUAUGAAAGUUCAUGUCAUGAUUACACUUUGUAAAUAAAAUACGAGUCGAUUUGUAUCUGGAAUGCGAUGAUAUUAUUAGUGGUUGGCGUGCGUAGGUACAUAGUUACUUACUAUACCUAAUAUAGGCGCGUAUCGUAUGCGUUGUGUGUCCUGUAAAAUACUUAAAUUGUUAUAAUAUAUACCGACCUUCUAUUGUAAAAAAGUGUCAUAUAAAGGGUUUAAAAAAAACAAAACCUAUCUUAACCUUAUUUAUUAGGUUACAAAAUAAAUGAAUGCGGUAAAUAUGUACGCAUUAAGCACCAAGCAGGUACUAAUAUUAUGUAACGUUACAUUAGGAAACCAGUACUGUAUGCUGCUUACAUGACAUGAAAGUUGUUUAGUUGAACUGUCGAAAUGACCGCGCGGCGGGGCGACCUCGUGCGCGGUAGCAGCACUGCAGCAGGGGCCAUGGUGCAUCCACGCACCCACUUCCGUCCUGUUUUGGUGCAGUUAGCUACUAUAAAUAUGUUACACCUAGUGUAGUGAUACCCAAGACUUUAGCUCUAAGAUAAAGUAGCCUCGGUUUGGUAAUGUUAUAAGUUGAAAUAUUUUAUUGUUAUUGUUUUUGUUGAUUAACUUAAUAAAAUGUUAAUAAGAUUA